AUGGGUAUUACCGUAGUCGGUUCAUUGAACUAUGAUUUAGUAACCUACACAAACAGAGUACCUAAUGCGGGAGAAACUAUCAGAGCUGAUAUAUUUGAAACUCAUACUGGAGGGAAAGGUUUGAACCAAGCAAUUGCAAUUUCGAAAUUAAGACAAGAAGGUUCAAAUUAUUUGGUAAGAAUGGUAGGUAAUGUGGGGCAAGACAGCUUUGGAACUGAGCUAAUAGAUAUACUAGAAAAAAAUGAUGUUGAUUGUAGCAAUGUUGGAAGAAUAGCAGAUGUCAAAACAGGAAUUGCUACCAUUCUAGUUGAAAAAGAAAAAGGCCAAAAUAGAAUUCUGAUAACAGAAGGUGCGAACGGGAAAACCAUUUUCACUGAUAGUCAGAUGAAUCAAAUCUUUAAGGUUGAACAAGCAAACGACUGUGAAUUUGUGGUAUUUCAACAUGAAAUCCCAGAUCCAUGUUCCAUAAUGAAAUGGCUCAAGAAGCAUCGCCCAAACCAUCAAAUAAUAUUCAAUCCUUCUCCAUUUCAACCAUUACAAAAGGAAGAUUGGUCUCUGAUUGAUAUUCUUAUAGUUAAUGAAAUUGAAGCUAUGCAAAUUGUAGAAUCAAUAUAUUCCAAAGAAGAAGCUGAACGUUUUGCAGAAAAAAUCAAAAAAGAUUUUAUUGAUGGUUACAAGGUUUUAUGCCAAAAGUUUCAACAAUCUAUUGUAAAUACUAGUGAUAAUUCAUUGGGUGCUGUCAUCAUAACUUUGGGAUCUGAAGGUGUCUUAUUUUUAUCAAAAGAUCAUGUAACUGUUGGCUAUUAUCCAGCUUGUAGUAAUAUAGAAGUCAUUGAUACAACAGGAGCUGGUGAUACCUUUUUAGGAGCAGUAGUUACUCAGUUAUAUCAAAGUAUAUCUCUUGAACAAGCAAUGAAAUUUGCAACGACUGCUAGUUCAAUCACCAUUCAGCAUAAAGGUGCUGCAGAGAGUAUCCCAUUGUAUAAUGACGUUUUAAAAAAUAUCGAAUAUUAG